AUGCCCGAAUCGCCGCCACGUUUUUGGAAUUGGAAAUCAUCAUUCACGGUAGAUUCGGCACAUUGUCAAAGUUUUCAGGACAUUGCUACAAAACCAGCGUGUGUCAGCAAUAAUGACUUUGAUGUUUGUCGCAAAAAUCUUCCAUGUAUUCCACUUCAGCCAAAUAUGGCUUCAAAAUGCGUGAAUUUAGUUCACGAUUCUAGUGAGUUCCGAGUAUCUCCUGGAGAAUAUUAUCCUGAAGAAAUGACACCAUCGCUUUGCCAAUGGUUGUGCUAUCGAUAUAAUUACUCUUAUGCAGCAAUCAUGGCCGACAAAUUUUGCCUUUGCAGCUACACAAACUACGAUUAUCCAGAAGUAGAUGGCAAGUGUUGCCCUCCUUCUUCUGAGGAUUGUGGUGAUGAUCCUGACACUGUUAAAGCAAUGGAAGUAGAUGAUCCACCAGAAAUAUAUGUGGAAUUAAAAAUCGAGAUUAAGAAUUUGGGGUUCCUUACAGUUGCUGUAAAUUAUGAAGCUACAGUGAAAUCAAAUGUGCUGGCAACUCUGCAUCUUUAUUACGAUGGUGAGGAGAUUGUUGAGCCAGAGACAGGAUCAAUUCCGGAAUUUAAGAAGAUAUACGUGUUUCUGAAUUGUAAACUUCCUGGAAGACACAUGGCUAAGGCUGUCGCAAUAGAUAUGGCUACGGAAAUGAUUGUAGCCUCUGAUGAACAAGAAAUUUUUAUACCGGAUAUGGAGAUCACAUUUAAUCUUGAUUGCCCCGACUACGUUUACCUUGGAGAGGACGUUACAUGCAAUGUAACUUUCAUCCGUGGUACUGAUCUUCAUUUUGAAAUACAAUUUGGCACAGAAUCUUCCGAGAGUUUUAUUGUACCAGAUUGUGUAAUUUUACCGAUUGGACCAUCUAUACCGCAGAUACCAAAACCAUCAACCUCGAACAGAGAUGUUGAUCCACCAGACAUAAUUUAUCUGGGUCUUGGCAAUCUUCCUUACUCUACACUGAUAGGUUUUGAUUUUUUUGCAACUCAGAAGGGAAAAUUCGAAGUACAGAUAUUACAACCUAAAUGCGACGGGGAUGAAAAAUUUUGUUCUGCAACGUGCCAAGAAUCUUGUCCACCCAAAAGAGAAUGCCUCUGCAAUGUAGAGAAAGAGUCAUUUUGCUCCAUGUCUCAAACAUGUGCUACUAUCGACGAACAAUCUUUUUGUACUCUUGAACUGAAAGAUAAUUACACUCCAAAAUCGAAUAUUGAAGUUGAAAUAGAUACACCAGGUUACAACUAUUUUCCUCUGAAAGAGGUGGAUUAUGUUGAAAUUGAGCCAGGCGAUAUAAUAGCGUUGAAGAUGGAAAAACCUACCAAAUUGAUGUUUGGAAAUGCUAAAGAGGAAGAUAUUUUGUUUAAUUUGGUGGACACGAAUGAGAAAGGAGAAGCACUGAAUAUCCGACACCACAUCAGAACAAUUCUCUUAAUUCCAACCAAUAUUUCAUUUCACCACAAUUUUACCGAACCCGGUAUAUAUAAAGUGAGAGCAAAGCUGACGAGUGAUUAUUCUGAUGAUUUGAAAAAUGAAAAAGAAACUUUUGUUCGAGUUAUAAGCCUUUUGAGUGGACUGAAACUUGAAGGACCUGCUGUGAACUGUACGAAAAUUGAUGAAGUUGCAACUCUAAUGGGUACAGUAGAAACUGGGAUAAACGUUACGUUUGAAUGGACAUCUGAAUAUUACGAGGACAGGUUUGAUACUAUAGGUAUAAUUCUGAUUUUUUAUCUUGAUAUUUGUGCCUGAAGAUAUUGAAAAUUACUAUAAAUUAUAAACAUUUUGCCUGUCCAAACCAAUUUGACGUAAUUUAAAACUACUAGACCGUAAAAUAAAUAAAUAAA